AUGCCCUUUCCUGAUGUCAUUAAGAGAGGUGAUGAUUUCUUUUACCAAUAUCCAAGAGACACAAAAUGGUGGAAAUUUCUCCAUUAUAGUACCAGUGUUUUUGUGAUUGGUGUUUCUAAAAUUAUAUUGAAGGUAUUUUAUAAUGUUAAAGUAAACAAUUACCCCACUUUGGAAAAAACUUUAAAGAGAUCCAAGUCCGAAAAACGUGGAUUAAUGACUAUUAUGAAUCAUAUGUCUACUGUCGAUGACCCAUUUCUUUGGGGUACCUUUCCUAUGUCAUUAUAUAAAUCGUUAUCUAAUAUUCGAUUUUGUUUGGGCGCCCAUAAUAUAUGUUUUAAGAAUAGAUUUCUGUCUACCUUUUUCAGUUUAGGUGGUGUCUUGUCCACUGAGAGAUUUGGUAAGGGACCAUUCCAAGGAUCGAUUGAUUGUAGUAUUAAAAUAUUGAGCCAAAAUAGUAAUAAUGAAAACAAGAGCAUAAAUAAAAAGACAAAUAACUACUCUUCUUGGAUACAUGUCUAUCCUGAAGGUUUUGUGUUACAAUUACAUCCACCUUACAAUAAUUCAAUGCGAUAUUUUAAAUGGGGGGUUACAAGAAUGAUCUUAGAGGCAUCCGAACCCCCAAUUGUGGUACCUAUUUUUAGUACCGGGUUUGAAAAAAUUGCACCUGAAGAUGAAACUAUUCCAACAUGGAAACAUUUUAUAAAAUCAUGGGGUACUCAUAUAAAUGUCACAAUAGGAGACCCAAUUGAAGAUUCAAUUAUAGAAUCUUAUCGUCGUGAAUGGCAAGUUUUAGUAUCCAAAUAUUCAAAACCUGAUGACACUGAUUUAAAUGAUAAGUUAAAAUAUGGUGAGGAAGCCCAGGAAUUAAGAAGUAGAUUAGCAUCUGAAUUAAGAUUAAAAGUUUCUGAAGUAAGGAAAUUGAAUAAAAACUUAAAAGAAGAAGAUCCGAGGUUUCAAGAUCACAAAUGGUGGAAAAUUUUUACUCAAACAGAAGGGAAAUCCGAUCCUGAUGUUAAAUUUAUUGGUCAAAAUUGGGCAAUUAGAAGAUUACAAACAUUUCUGGACAUAAAUAAAGAAUCUGAGGAAAAUACUAAUGCAGUUUCCAAAGAAAAUAAUGCUACUAACAGUAAUAACUAUAUCACUCAAAAGAAAAAUAAUUAA